UUGUUUGAAACAAGACUCACAAAAUUCCUUGGAAUUUAUUCUGAUAUAGAUAUCUGAAUGCCCAGGAAAUGAUAGCAAUUUGGUUGGCUCUAACAUCAGGGGUAGCCCACGGGCCGGAUGCAUCACGCAUAGGCCAUGCCCAACCCAGCUCCGCGAAGGGGAAAAAUGUCAUGAAACAUCAUGUGACAGCAACGUGACUGCGAAUUUGACACCCGUGCUCUAGCUAAUAGUUAGAAAGGAGAUCCCCAGGAAAUCCCAAACUUGAGAAAACUGAAGAUUGAGAAAACCCAUCCUUGGUGAAAGUUACACUAUUAUCCUAUUGGAUUUUUCUUUUCAAAAUUAGUUGCAUUAAUCGAAAGAACAAAGAACUCUCAGCUUCCCAGUGAUGAAAUUGGGCCAAAAUGGUGGUUUUCUCAAAAGAAUAUGGUUAUGUGAUUCUCACUGGUACUGCCAGUUUUGUCUUGAUAACACACCUUGCAGUAAAUGUGGCGAAUGCACGCAAGAAAUAUCAUGUGGAGUAUCCAACCAUGUACAGUACAGACCCUGAAAAUGGGCAUAUCUUUAACUGUAUCCAGAGGGCACACCAGAACACCUUGGAAACAUAUCCUUCCUUCCUGUUCUUUCUUGGAAUCAGUGGGAUCUAUUACCCGCAUGUUGCUACAGGACUUGGUAUAGCAUGGAUAAUUGGAAGAAUACUCUAUGCUUAUGGCUAUUACACAGGAGAUCCUAGUAAGCGAAAUCGUGGAGUCCUCGGCUCCAUUGCACAUCUGUGUUUGGCAGGGACCACUGUUUACUCAGCUUUCCAGCACCUUGGCUGGAUCUGCAGAGCCUAGGCAGCAUCCAUUCUUGUGACUUCCUGAGAUGUCUCUAAACAUUUCUCUCAUAUAAUUUUUAUUAUUGCUUUGUAAAAAAAUAAAAAUAAAAACAAAAAUGAAUCACC